AUGUCACAGCAUGACCAGUGGCUCUUGCAAUCGCAACAGCACGCUGCGUCGGUGCUAUCACAGCCUUUGAGCCAGGCCAUGUCGAUCCAAGAUAGAAAAUCAAGCGACGCCGCAUCGAUACGUGCGGCGUCGAUCUACUCCGCCACCUCGGCGGACACGUCGCGCGGGUACCAGGCGUCCGCGGCCGCGCCGUCCGUGCACACACUCACAGCGUUGCCCGUGCGCCACAAUACGAAUGCAAAUGCAAAGACGGUGCAUGCAUACAGCGGCGCCAAUGGCAGGCUCAUUGUACAGUACGUGCACACCGCCGCUUACCAAAGACUCAAUACGCCGCCGCAGGCAUCACCUACGUACAUGGGCGGAUCACAAUUACGCGGGCGCGGAGCGCUCGUCGGCCGCCUCAUCCUGCGAUGCACUGACAAAGAGCGCGCCUCGGAAAUCCGGCUCAAGCUCAAGGCCGUGGUCACGAUACAGGCGCCCAAAGCGUCACAAGCAACCGAAGGGGACAUGCCGAAUUUUUCUGGCCUAUCCCCUUCCACCGCUUCGACUUCCUCGCGCGAGCAGGUGCUGCUGCAGAUGGAGCACCGUUUGCGCGCAAGCGACGCGAAAUUCCGCGUCGCGGAAAAAGGACCGUCACAGGCCAAUGCAGGAGGCAAGCUAAACAAGAAUGGAUACUACGAGUGGGAGUUUGCAUUUGACAUCCCGGAGAAAGGCCCUGGGAAAGGCACUUGUAAUAGCGGCUUCCCCAGCGUCGGCACCAAUUACCCAUCCAGCUACGUGCUCGAGAGCGAUGUGCGCAAAGGAACGCAUAAGGAAGAGUGGGCGAGCGUCAAGUGGUACAUCAAGGUCACCGUCGAGCGCCCCGGCCUCUUUCGCUCCAACAAUCGCCUGCUCGUACCGUUUAUCUACCUGCCCCCGCCGCCAGAGAGCAUCGCACCGACCCUGCUCCGCCGCCAGGCCCUCUCGCUUCAGAUUCGCAGCGUGAUCCAACGCGUGCAAGGCCCAGUAGUCCUGCCCAACGAUCUAGUCGAGCCCGCAAACAAGUGGACCACAGAGACGUUUAUGCUGACACAGGCUGCGCUCGGCAAGCCAAUCAAGCGCUCCUUUUUUGACAAGAUGCUCGGGAACAACAAGCCGAAGGAAGAGCGCUGGGCGAUCUCCUACCCGGGCAAACCCAUGGCGGUGUUUCCUUUGCGCGCCGUCAUCCCGUUUGUGCUGAGCCUCAUGCACAGCGGCGGGAUGCCAUUGGUCGUGCAUCCCCACGUAUACCUCGUGCAAAAAGUGCACUUGCGCGCGCGCUCGACCUCGGCACAUACGCACUACAUAUCGCACGCCAAGGUGCUUGCAUCGCCCGUGGGCAAGUCUGGCAUGCAAAAAUGGUUUGGAUGGGUGCAGUUUCCCAGCUGGUGCAGCCCCACGUUUGAUACACAAGCGCUCGGACUCGAGUACUUUUUGCAGAUCAAGCCACUCCAUGAACCUGCCGCAAGACCACUGCUUGCUAUCCCGGUAGGCCUGUACUGUGCACCGCCACGCCUCACCCCGGCAGUGCCGUCUGUGAAGCGCCAGCAGGCGACGAACGGGAGCCGUACUCUGCUCAGCGAUACAGCGAGCACUGCCAGUGCAGACGCUGGGAUACCCUCGUCCCCGACGCAGGCAAUGCGCUCCAUUUCCCUACACGGCUCCCCGUCUGCGUCGCGCCGCACUUCGCUUGGCUCGGCAAUGCGCGUGCCUUCCACGAGUACCUUGUCGUUGCGGCAAACAGCAGCAGCGCUUGACGAGCCGUAUGGAGCUGGCGUCGCUGGCAUUGGGCGCGCGCAUCUCCUGGCGACAGAAGCCAUGCCCGAUCCAUGCCUGCGCCAUGCCUCGUCCUCCCAGGCACUCGGCGCGCAGGUAGCGAGCGCAGCCUCUCUUGAUGCAUGGCCAGGCCGCGCGGCGGAUGCUAGCUCGCAGAGCGAUGCUACGAGCAUGCUCCGCGUCGCGCCGCCGACAUUGCCAACGAUUCCAGAUAAUGCGGCAUUGCCGACAUUGCCAACGAUCCCAGAUAAUACAUUGCCACCGGUACCGCCGCGAUCGCCGCGGAACUCGCGGCCCGCAUCGCUGCUGAGUGCGGGCGCAGCAACGCCGUCGGCCCCAAAUACAGCUCGCGCCGACGCAGAGAGUGCCUCGCUGCGUGAUGCAGGGCCGAUGUCGCAAGAGGAGGAGCAGGCGUGGACUAUGGAUAUACUUUCGAAUGCGCUGAACGACGACGAUGGCGCAGACUUUGAGCUCCCGCCAUCCUACUUUGAGGCCACAGGGAUCGAGGACCACGAGGAGUAG